UUCAUAUUCGAGGAGAAGACCGUGAAAUCCAAAAAACAACUAGCAAGUAGCUAGCCAUUCUAUCAAGAAAAGUUCGAAGUUCUUCUAAUGGAUCUCUAGGAAUCAACCAUGUUCGACCGAAGCUGUAACUUUCCUCCCGAAGUCAAGAACAUGAGACGCCAUGGCUGGCAGCGCCCUCUCCACCCAUUACAGAUCGUGGGCAUGGCAGUUUACAGUUUUCUUGUCGUUAACUUCUACGCCUUCCUAGGACCUUAUCUAGGAAACAGAACUGUUGAGAUCACGGUGGUCACGCUGUUUUCUUUCGUGGCAUUAUCGGUAGCCUUCCUAUUUGUAAGAUGCACUGCCAUAGACCCAACUGACAAAACUUGCUUUAAGAAGAAAAGAAGUAAAAAAACUUGUGGGAUUUUGAAGUUGAACUAUGGAUACCUAUUGGGUCAGAUUGUACUGAGAUUUAUCAGGAAGAUGGAGAGAAAGAUCCUUAAGUAUUGGAUAAGGAGGAGAUAUUUGGAUCCUCUAAAAACUGGCGUGCAGAUGGAACCCUUGUUACCAUUCCCUCUUGUUAUUCAGGACGAUGCAGUAAUGCCCGAUUUGAAAGAUGAUGAUAUCACAUUUUGCUCACUAUGUGAUUUUGAGGUUAAAAAGCACAGCAAGCAUUGUAGGACCUGCAACAGGUGUGUUGAAGGAUUUGAUCAUCAUUGUAGGUGGUUAAAUAACUGCAUCGGAAAAAAGAACUACACCACCUUCAUUCUUCUAAUGGUUUUUGUAUUGAUAAUGCUAGUUAUGGAAGGAGGGAGUGCAAUUGCUAUAUUCAUCCGAUGUUUUGUGGAUAAGAUAGGGAUUGAGCAGGAAGUGGUGAAAAAAAUCCAUAUAGAGAUACCACGAGGAGUUCUUGCAGCAAUAUCAGUUUUCUUGGUUUUAAUGACGGCAUACAGUUCAGCAGCACUGGGGCAGCUUUUCUUCUUUCACUUGGUUCUCAUUAGAAAGGGAAUGAAAACAUAUGACUAUAUACUAGCAAUGAAGGAAGAGAACCAAUUUGAUGGAGAACUAUUUGACGACUCUGAUACUUCUUCUGAUGAGAGCACCGACUUUGAGUCACCAGAAAAACAUAGAUUUGCAUCUAAGUUUUUAUGUGGGGGAGAAAACACAAGACAGUUGACAAGAUUAUCCAUAAGAAUUGAUGGAGACCCUGGUUCAUCCAAUUUUAACAAGAAAAAUAACUUCCGUGCAAGCAUCAACCCUUGGAAGCUAAUAAAGAUGAGCAGUGAGAAGGCUCUAAUGGUAGCUGAGAAAGCCAGAGAAAGAAUCAUGAAACAGAAGCCAAAUACAGAACAUGAGUCUCUGAAGCCACUGCCACUAGAAACAAAAUGUGGUCCAUUGGUAAACCAGCAGAUGAGUACAGUAGGUGCAGGAUCAGAAGCAUCACCUCUCGUAUCCAAAGGAUGGCUUCCAGGUUCUCCAGGGAAGUUUUCAAGUCCAAGGAGACGGUUCUCCGGUUCCCCAACUAUUUUCCCUGGUGUUCUGGUGUCACCAAAACAGAAGUAUCGAGACAAUUUUGAUUUGAAGCUAACAGAAGUAUCAAAGGAACUUGAAACAUAUAUUUCUAGGCAGGUUUUAUGUUCUGUCUUGAAGAAGAACGGGGAUGAGUCAUCCCCUAAAUAGUCGACUACCUUCACAAGUUUGAAUUUUUUAUUUGAUUCUCAAUCUUUGAGAAAGAUUGUUGUUUAAUUAUAUGUAUUCUUUGUGUAUCUUGAGUUAUGAAAUCCAAUGGGGGUAUAUUUGUGUUCUUAUUAAUAGACUCACCCCACCCUAUUCAUGA